AUGGAAGGAAAGGGAAACUACUGGACCUUGGAUCCAAACUGUGAGAAGAUGUUUGACAAUGGGAAUUUCCGCCGCAAGCGCAAGAGGCGCUCAGAGAGCAGCGCAUCUAGAGUGGCCUCCCCAUCCUCGGCCUUGGGGCUCUUGAAGACUGAGGACAGGCCGCCCAGCACGACUGCCCCAGGGAAGCCAUGCGGGAGAAGCCCCUCCCCUGACCUGCAUCCAACUGCCUCCAUGAGGGAACAUUCCGGAAGUGCCUCCUCGCCUGGGGUUGCCUCGCCCACGCCAAGUUGCCUGAGCGCCUUCUUCAGUGGCAUGGGCUCGCUGGGCAGCGGAGGAGGGGGCCGCCUGGCGGGGCACUUUGGCCGUGAGCUGCAUCACAGAAGCCUUUCUGCUGGGCCGCUGAGUGCGGGGAGCUUCCCGCCUGCCAGCAGCUCCUCCCAGGAAGUCCCUCCUACAGAGCAGCUGCAGCGGGCGUCCGGUCCUGCUGGUGCCUACGACAGCCCUUUGCCCCCUGGCAGCGGCAGCCAGGCUGGACAGUACAACCACCUGUACAACUUCACAGUCAGUAGCCUCAUCUACGCACGGGAGGGAACGGAUGUGUAG